GAAAAGGAGGAGAAAAACACAACGAGAGCCCCUCUUUAUUAUUUAGUCCCUUGAGAAGCCUUUGCACUCUCCCAAAUCCACACCCUUACUCUCUUUCUCUCUCUCUCAUCCAUCCAUCUUCUCCCAAUCUCAUCUAUGAGGAUCCGGAGGAGAGCUCCUCCCCCUUCCGUGUCCUCGGCUGCUCCUCCUCCUCGGACGCCAGAUCCAUCUCUCUUUCAACUCCAACCACCAAAUAAAGGAGAGGGAGCAGAAGACAAGGGAGUUGGGGAAGGAGGAGAAGGUGAAGGGUUGCACCAAGAUGGGGAUCUACCAAUAGAACCCCGUGGGUGGGGGAUGGAUGCCAUGAAUGGGGAUCCAGCUCGCUCCGGGCCGCAUCCAACCGCAGGGAGGAGCAAGGAACGGAGCACCACACUCUUCUUUGCGCCCCCCCGUCCCACGCUCACCCAUGCCCAGGUCUUGAAGGAGGUCGAGGAGCAAGAGGAGAUGGUGGAUUCCAGCAAGAGAUGGAAUGCCCAAGUUAAUAGCGACAAGAGGAUUGGGAGCAGCUCGAGUGCACUGGUCUCGGAGGAGUCGAAGCAUGGGGAGGCGGCGUUCCUGCCCAAGAAGCGGAGAGGAGGACAUGAUGAUGAUAAUGGGAAUGGGGAUGGGAGAUCGCAAGAGAAGCCAGUGGAUAAAGAGAAGGCAGCGAAGUCGAAGGCAAGGGCAAAGGCUAGCAGUCAAGUGGAGAACAGUUGCACUAGUGCUAAUGGUGGUGAUAACAAGGGAGGUGAUGGUGUUAUGCUGAAUGGGAAUAUUGGAUCUAAUGGGAAGAAGCGGCGGAGCCCGGCGGUGCUGAUGGAGGGGUCGAGGUGCAGCCGGGUCAAUGGUAGGGGGUGGCGGUGCAGGCAGCAGACGCUCGUCGGAUACUCUCUCUGCGAGCACCAUCUGGGAAAGGGGAGGUUGAGGAGCAUGAGCAGCGUGCGAGGUCAAGGCAGUAGCAGCAAGCCCAAGAAGAGCACCGAGGGAGGAGGGGAUGGGGUGCUGCCCUCGUCUCCUACGCCGCAAGAGGAUGAGAUGAAUGCAAGGGAUAAGCAGUCUCUGGCCGUGGAUAAUGAAGGGGAGGAUAUGGAGGAGAAGCAGGGAAAGAAGAAGAGGAAGAAGAUCGGGAUGGUGAAGGCUCGAACCAUCAGCAGUUUGCUCGACGAGACCAACCAUUCAAUGCCAUCGACACUGUCGCCGACGUCAGCACCACCGCUGCCGCUGGAGCCAGCAUCAGUGCAAUCGCACAAUGGGAGUGAAGCCAUUCUAUGAGAUGGAGCGAAGGGAGCUGGCUCUACUUGUUCUUCCUUUUUGUAGCAGAAUGGGAGGUGGCAGAAUGUGGGUGCUGGUGGUAUUCUGGUUCUAGAGUUAUGAAUGUGCUGCAUCUUAUGUUGAGUUCUUGGUUAUUUUGUUCUUUUGGGAGAGAGGAGAAGCCGGUUUGUUUAUGGUAUGUGGGAUUCUAAUGUGGCUUGUGAAAGAUUGUGUAGUUCAGAUAGCUUUGUUUGUUCAACUUCACUGCCUAUUUUAUUUCACUAGAUUCAGGUUUGAAAGCAUGCAGAUGUUGUUGCACCCCCUUCCACCCUUCUGUAAUCCAUAUGUCGAAGGAGGCAAGGUCUUGGUUCGGUGCAAGUGUAGCCAUUGUUGUUGUUAUUAGUACUAGUUUCUCAAUA